GAUCACGUGGGAUGCUUUGUUUACAAAUUUGGUAAUUUUCAUGGAGCAAAAUUGAAUAAGAACUUGUGAAUUUCCUGGCCAGGAGAAUCUGUGUCAUUGUGUACCUCGCGAUAUUUCGGCUUGAGAUAGUCCUGCUCGUGCAGAGUGUCAAGUAUUUGUGGAUAGUAAAUCUGGUAGUAGUUGGAAAUGUUUAUUCAAUGGAUUUGAGUGAUCUCUGUGUUUGUUUGUGACAAAAUAUCUUGCUUAUCUCAGUGAAAAAGUGAUAAGAGCAGACAUCCCAGGGUCUUCAGUGAAUUCCAAACUCCUCAAAAGUUUCACACAAUUGCCAGCAAUGUCUCGGUGAAAAUUAGUAUUGUGCUGAAUCCCAAAAAGCGCAUUUAUUGAAGUUCCUGACUCUGCAAAAAGUUGAUGAUUCAUGGGAAUAAAAUUCCUCAUAAUAAAGCUGAUAUUCCUCUGCAUUGUCCGUGUCAUUGCCAUUGAAGUGAUAAGAAUGGAUAUUGUGAUUGUGAAACCCACCAAUUUCACCAUGAGUCAGGAUCACACAAAAAUCCUGGCUAUGUUUGUUCUGGGAGCCGGGAGUUUUUUCAUCGGAAUGCUCCCAGCUUGGCUCUCCCGGAGGCAACAAAGAAACCAUCCUCUGUUGAUCUCUGUGCUCCUGUGCUUCGGUGCUGGUGUCCUCCUGGCCACAUCGCUAGUUCACAUGCUGCCAGAAGUACGUGAGAAGAUGCCUCAGUGGUCAGAGAUCAUCCUCUGCGUAGGAUUCUUCAUUGUCUAUGCCGUGGAUGAACUUGUGCAUUUCUUCUGUGGUGAAGCCAUUCAGCACAGGCAUCACCAGGAGAGAUCUGACGCAGAAAGAAAUGCACGAGGAAUUCCCAACUAUCAUGCCACAGCUCCAGUGGAUUCUUCAGCAUUUGGUGCUGCUCCGUCAACUUCAUGCGAGACGCAGAGUCUCCUCCCAAGGCCAUCCACUUCAAUUGGACACGAUGCGGGUGGCGUGAGGGAAUGCGUCCAGCGAGAUGAAGUGGCCAACUCAAGAAUCUGCCAUGUCAGUCAUGCAGAACCCUGCGAGGAAACCCUCACCGGGCACUUAGGGCUCCUCUGUGCCCUCUCCCUUCACUCCUUGCUCGAGGGAUUGGCCAUUGGGAUCCAAGACUCAGCUUCUAAGGUGAUUCUGUUGGUGGGAGCUGUAGCUGCUCACAAGUACGUCGUUGGCUUCUGCCUGGGCGUAGAAUUGAGUGCUAACUCUCGUUCCACCGUCAGAUCCCAUUUCUUUGCCAUUCUCAUCUUUGCCUUUGGCUCUGUGGCAGGAAUUGGGAUUGGGAUGGGUCUGGUGGAUUUGCAGUCUGAUUGGUCAGCCACGAGUGUGCCAAUCCUUCAGGGUCUGGCUGCUGGUACCCUACUCUACGUGACUGUGUGCGAAGUGAUGCCAAGGGAAAAGGCACGUUGGCAUCAGCGUCGAAGAUCUGCCGGCCUGGCGCAAUUCCUCGCCGUUAUCAUUGGCUUCAUCAUUCUCACAGCCAUGAAUAUGUUUAUAAGUGAGUUGGAACCGCUGAAAAUCACGGAUUUCAGCUAAAGAAUCUCUGACACUCUUUUUCUCCUUUUUUCUUUUCAUUCAUUUGCAGCUGAAUGAGCCAACUCUUUGUGUUUAAUUUUGUGAGUGUUUUUAAGCAAUGGCCAAACCAAAUAAAAAAAUGAUCUGUUUUUUUGACGAAAAUAAAAAUAUCAAGAGAUCAUCUCGAUGUAAAAUUCA